AUGGCGUUCCUGCGGCAGACCUGGACACUGACGGCCAAGAACCUCAAGAUCGUCGUCGUCCGCCAUGCCUUCGCGACCUUCAUACGAGCCUUCCUCCUCCCCAUCCUGCUGGCCGCCUUCCUCAGCUUCGCCCGAAACCUCUUCGUCGUACCCGCGACAUACGGCAUAGGCGAACCGCACGCCGUCCGGUCCCUACAAGCCGGGCUCGAGGCCGCGAGCAGCACGAACCGCGGCACGGUGGCGUUUGUGAACAACGGACUGGCCGGCGGCGACAUCGACCGCGUCAUCGACUCGCUCUCGGACACGGUGACGGGCGCUGGGAAGAACGCCACGCGGCUGUCGCAAACACCUGAGCUGAAUUAUGCGUGCCGAAGCAGUUUGCGCGGCGUCUCGUCCUGCUACGGCGCAGUGGUCUUCCACUCGUCGCCGAACGAGGGGCCCGGUGGGUUGUGGAAUUACACGCUGCGCGCCGACGGCGCAUUGGGUACCAAGAUUGACGUGACCGAGGACCACAAUGACGGCGAGGUAUAUACGCUGCCGCUGCAGCGAGCGGUCGAUUCCGCCAUCGCAAGUCUUGCUACUGGUGCCAAUGGAGCGUCGUCGUUUCCGGCUACCACGGAAGAAUACCCGUUCACGACCUUGACGCAAGAAGAGCGCGCGCAGAGGAUUCGCCGCAUGUAUCAAUCUUCACUGACCAACUUCCUCGCUGUUGCCUUCAUCCUUGUCGUCAUUGGCGUAUGUUAUCAUAUGACGGGUCAUAUGGCGACUGAAAGAGAGAUUGGUAUGUCGCAACUGCUCGAUGCCAUGAUGCCGAUGAAGCACCGCUGGCAACCGCAAGUUGCACGGCUCUGGUCAUACCACAUCGCCUUUACCAUGAUUUAUCUCCCGGGCUGGGUCAUCGGCUCCAUAAUCAUUGCGCGUGGGGUCUGGGCUAACACCAGUGUGGCAAUUGUGCUCAUCUACUUCAUACUUGCCGGCCUUGCGCUGACAUCACUGUCCAUCCUCGGGGCGGCCUUCUUCAAGAGGUCGCAGCUCUCUGGUGUCGUUUCCACCAUAGUAUAUCUGCUGCUAGCCAUUCUAGCCCAGACUUUGACUUCGCCGAACACCGCUACCGUUGCCGUCCUGAGCUUGCUUUUCGCGCCAUGCAAUAUCGUCUGGUUCAUGACCUGGAUAGCGCGCUGGGAGCAGAAGGCAAUUCCGUCUGACUUGUUACGUACACCACCCAACAAUCCGUGGGACCUACCUGGAAUUGUUUUUUGGGUGUUCCUCGGCAUCCAGAUCAUCGUCUAUCCCGUAAUCGGCGUGUACCUGGAGCGAAUUUUCCAUAGCACAACCACCAAAGGUCGCACGAUCCUGCAAGGUCAAGCAGUUGAGAGUGCACCGGAUGACGCUGUUCGUCUCGAGGGGUUUACGAAGAUCUACAGCCCGAGCCCCUUCCGUCGAUUGUUCUCCUUCAUCUCAAAGCCGAAAGAGCCCGUGGUUGCAGUUGAUACGCUCACUUUCAACGCUCGAAGAGGACAGAUUCUGGCUUUGCUCGGAGCAAAUGGCAGUGGAAAGAGUACGACGCUGGACUCGAUUGCUGGCAUCAGCAAGUUGACCAGUGGAAAUAUCACCAUCGACGGUACUGGAGGUUUGGGCAUUGCUCCGCAGAAGAAUGUCCUCUGGGACGAGUUGACUGUCGAGGAGCAUAUUGGGAUCUUCAACCGGCUGAAAUCGCCCCUGAAUACCGCGUCGAAGCAGGAGAUACGCGAUCUUGUCACGUCAGUGGACCUCGGUCCGAAGGUCAAGGCUAAGUCCAAGACACUGUCAGGUGGCCAAAAACGAAAGCUACAACUGGGAAUGAUGUUGACGGGUGGAUCUGCGGUGUGCUGCGUUGACGAGGUCUCUUCGGGUAUUGAUCCCCUUUCCCGACGGAAGAUCUGGGACAUUCUUUUGGCAGAGCGUGGGCGACGGACGAUAAUAUUGACGACACAUUUCCUCGAUGAGGCGGACCUCCUCGCAGACCAUAUAGCCAUCCUCUCGAAAGGCACUCUCCGAGCUCAAGGCUCAUCUGUCGAACUCAAAGACAGACUCGGUGCCGGAUAUAGAAUCCACGUUUUCAACGCCAGGGACAUCAAGGAGUCUCCCGAGAUCGAAGGCGUCAAGCGCAAGAUCUCAUACGAUGUCAUAAGCUACCUAGCACCAACUUCGAGCCUCGCCGCCCAAGUCAUCCGAGCAUUGGAAAGCGCAGGAAUACACGACUACAAGUUUUCAAGUCCAACUAUCGAAGACGUAUUCCUGCAGGUAGCCGAGGAAGUCAACGGCGAGGAUGUCGUUAUGCCAACACCUGCAGUCAAGGAUGAUAAGCAAGCAAGCUCGGAGGAGAUUGUUGCUGUCAGCGAGUCUGACAAGGAUAAUGACCUUGAGUUGCUUUCAGGACGGCCGAUCGGCUUCUUCAAGCAAACUGGAGUACUCCUACUGAAGCGAUGCAUCGUCUUCAAAACAAAUUGGUUUCCCUACGUGGCUGCCCUUCUGAUUCCGAUAAUAGCUGCAGCCUUGGUCUCUCUGUUUGUCGUUGGCCAGCAGCCCCCGGGAUGUACCCCAACUGAACAGGACUCGGGUGGCUCCUCGGAUGACUUUACGGAUCUUUACAACAGUUUGUUCUUGGUCGCUGGCCCGUCGUCGGAGUUCAGCGAGGCAAGAGUCUUAAGUCUAUAUGCUCCUGUCUUCGCAGGAAUGAGGAGCACCCCUUCUGACAAUAGUGGAAGCAGUGGAAGCGACAGUGGAAGUGGUGACGAGGAUACGUUCACCCUUUUCGUUAAAAGUCUACACCCUGUCGACUCUCUGUCGGACUUCAACAAAUUUGUUGUGCAGAAUCGCAAGAACGUUACUCCCGCUGGCUGGUGGUUGGGGGAUGCAACCUCCCCACCGACUGUGGCUUACAAGGCAGAUUACGCAGAUGUCUACUCUACUGUAUUUGGCCAAAACGCACUUGAUAUCAUGCUGGCCAACACCAGCAUCGCGACGUCUUUUGCACCGUUCGAUACCCCAUGGAUCCCAUCGACUGGCGACUCCCUGCAGCUUAUGGUCUAUCUGGCACUUUGCCUUUCUGCAUAUCCGGCGUUCUUUGGUCUUUACCCAAACGUGGAGAGGCGUCGGAACGUCCGAGGUCUUCAGUACUCGAAUGGUGUACGCUCGCUUCCCCUAUGGGUAGCUUACACCACGUUCGACUUUGUGAUUGUGCUCGUCUCCUCAGCUAUUGUCACCGCCAUAUUCGCAGCAGCCUCGAACGUAUGGUACCAUGUAGGGUAUCUAUUCGUCGUCUUCAUGCUAUACGGUUUAGCAUCAACCCUGCUAUCGUAUGUCAUCUCCCUUUUCUGUGCGAAUCAGCUGUCCACCUAUGCCUUCUCGGCAGCUGGGCAAGCUGUGGGGUUUCUGGUCUACUUGAUCGCCUACCUGUCCACCCUCACCUACGCGCCGGUCACAACCAUAGACCAGUCCCUCCUUGUUGUUCACUUCGUCAUAUCGGCCUUUGUGCCCAUUGGCUCGGUUGUCCGCACCCUGUUUGUUGCCCUCAACCUCUUCUCGGCUACUUGCGAUGGUGAUCAGGUCCGGGGCUACCCUGCGCAUAUACUAGCUUAUGGUGGACCUAUACUCUACCUUGUCGUGCAGUCUGCCUUUCUGUUCGGCAUCCUGCUGUGGUACGACAGUGGUGCAGGUCGGACCUUGAUCAAUCGCGUCACUCAAAAAGCCAUCAAGCAGGAUGAUUCCGCCCCUGAAGAUGAAGAGGUUGCGAGUGAACUUGACCGCGUCACAAGCAGUCCGCAAGAAAGUGACGGGCUGCGAGUACUGCACCUGACCAAGACAUUCCGCAAGAAUACGGCCGUCGACAACGUUACUUUUGGCGUCCGACACGGCGAGGUGUUCGCCCUUCUCGGGCCCAAUGGUGCUGGUAAAUCGACGACUAUUUCGUUGAUACGCGGUGACAUUCAACCCAGCCUGAAUGGCGGUGAUGUCCUCGUCGAGAACACAUCUGUCAGCCGUCACCGGGCUGCGGCUCGAGCGCACCUGGGUGUCUGUCCGCAAUUCGAUGCUAUCGAUGCAAUGACCGUGCUCGAACAUCUGCGGUUCUACGCCCGCAUCCGCGGUAUCCCCGACAUCGAACACAACGUGCGAGCGGUUCUCCGCGCCGUCGGACUCGAGGCCUUCUCCACGCGCAUGGCGAGCGCUCUCUCCGGUGGAAACAAGCGGAAAUUGUCCCUGGGCAUUGCGCUGAUGGGAAACCCGAGCGUGGUGCUCCUCGACGAGCCGUCGUCUGGGCUCGACGCAGCUGCUAAGCGGAUCAUGUGGAGGACGCUCGGGACUAUCGUCCCCGGCCGAUCCAUCCUCCUCACAACGCACAGCAUGGAAGAGGCCGACGCGCUCGCCAACCGCGCCGGCAUCCUCGCCAAGCGCAUGUUGGCCAUGGGUACGAUCGAGAAUUUGCGCCAAAGGUUUGGCGACGCUAUACAUGUGCACCUCGUCAGCAAGACCGCGCCGCACUCGACGGACGAGGAGAUGGAGCGCAUGAGGACAUGGGUCGUCGAGGCCUUUCCCGGUGCUGUGGUUGAGCACAAGACGUACCAUGGCCAGAUGCGCUUCUCGAUCCCGGGCAGCGCUGUGGUGGGCGGAAGCGGAAGCGGAAGCGCCAUCGGCCGGCUCAUCGUUAGGCUCGAGGAGCAGCGGGAGGCGCUGGGCAUCGAGCACUUCUCGUGCACGCCGACGACGCUCGACCAGGUCUUUUUAACUAUCGUGGGGCAGCACAACGUCAAGGAGGAGGGCUACCACGCCGAGGCGAAGACGAAGCACUGCGCCCUAGUCAACCGGGAAUGGCUGGCGCCCAACUCCGCAGCUCUUGCGUUCGUCGCCAGGGGAGACGACGACGACAAGAAGGACGACGAGAAGAAGGACGACGACAAGAAGGACGACGACAAGAAGGACGACGACAAGCCAGAGGACACGGAGGAAAAGGACGACGACAAGCCAGUAGAGACGGAAAAGAACCCCGAUUCCUCGGACCCAGACGUGGAAAAGGCCAACUCGGAGGUGGAAAAGGCAGAAAAGGCCACAGGGCACAGGCGGUUGCGGAAGUACAGGCCGGUCGCCAAGGUCCAGACCAAGGACGGCAAGAGCUUGGGCAUCGAGUACAAAAAUGGCGUUAUUAUGUGGAUCAAGGGACCCAAGAAGGGGACCUGGACCAGAGUGACAGACGACUGA